AUGUCUCCCGACAUUGACACCAACCAUCGAGGCAUUGAGAUGCCUAUCACUCCUCCGACUUGGGGCUUUACGUCGUACCUCGACGGUGAGCCUCCCUUGGAGUUCUUCACCACUGCUCGCCCCCAAGAGCCUGCUUAUUUCUCUACCGAGAACGGCCUCAAGUCUCGACGCUUCAACAUUGACUUCUCCAAGCAGCGCAUCAUCUUCCCCUGGUCGGCUGCACAGAUUCAGCAAGCUGUCACUCACAUUAUGGAGAAGUGUUGGGAGGCAUGCAAGCGAAUGGAAGAGCCGCAGAACUACAGUCUACUUUGGGUCUUUUUUGACCCCGUCGACUUGUGGCACAUGGGUGUCCAGAACGCCUGGAACGUCUUGAAUGCUGUUUACUGGAAGACUCAGCAGAUCAUGCCUGGAUUGAUUGCCAAGACAACUACUGUCCUGGAACUGUGGUGUGAAAAGAUGAUCAAAACCGACUUCUCUUUCCGACAGCGCAUCUUCUACUGGAACAAGGAACGUGAGUCUGAUCCGUUCUUUCUCCUCAAGCAGAGCCAAUGCGAAGAUCUGGAUGGAAUCGAUUUUUGGUAUUUGCCGCUCCUAAGUACAGUUCUCAUGCGAGCUCACAGCAAGCUGAGAUCUGGAGCUUGGCUCCCCCGUCAGACGGAGACACUGGCGAUUCAAACCCUGAGAGUUACCCCGACACUUCGCGACGAGAUCUACAAUAUCGAGCGGCAGGCGUUCAGAGGCAUAGCCACCCACGCCCAAGUCAAGACGACCAGCCAAGGCAUCUCCAACUAUGGACAACCAUUGUUUCAGGACAACUUUGAGCAACAAGUUCUGGCAGCCACUGAGAGGGACCAACCCCAGAAGGAAUGCCAGGCUUUGCAAGCUCCAACUUGCAAUGAUCCCGACGAUGUCAAGAUUUACACUGGGGCCCCUGAUUCGAGGAAAGCAGCGACUACUACCCGAAAACUUCAUCCCUUCCGACCAACACCUCUUGGUGAAGUCUACUACGACAUGCCUCUGUCGAUUGGAUCAAUUAACCACAGUCUAUUCUACAGUCCAAGAAAGACUGCCGCAGGCGAGCUUGACGGACCUGUUCCUGGUCAGCCUGAUUCACCCAAGCAGCCCAAUUCCAUUGACCUCACCCCUAAGACACUCCCCAGCGUUGCCUCUCAGCAGGAACGUUUCAAUCUGAUUGCAGAAAUGAAGAAGGAACUCACCAAUGUCACAACAAACAAGAUGUCCCCUUCGAUGGCUCAAGAGUGGCAACAAAGAGUUUCGAAUGCUCAUAGUGCCUCAAAAGUGUCCACACUCCGUUCGACUACGGCAGGAUCCAUGCCUCGACCUCUGGCCAUUCACACAGGACCGAGCCUAAAGGACACCCAUCUCUUGACAAACGAUCCACACGCUGCCAGAGUGCGAACUGAUUCGAAUCAAUACGGUCGCCACAUCCGUCGAACCACUCCAAGCUCUACCACAACAAAGUGCGUCAAUGAAGAUAUUCGACAAGUCAGAGGGGGAGUCUGGCACUUUCAAUAUCAGCCCUGCAGCUGUGAUGACUGCCAUGAAAAGAACUGCACGGUAUUUGUUGGGCCUUGUGGUCACAGAAAUCUCGGAGCACCCGAAAACCGUGAGAAGCUUCACAUGCUAUUCACCAAGUUUGGAACCGUGCUUUCCACUAGGCCAAAGUGCUAUGGCAAAGCAGUACACAUUCGUUUCCGCAGUGUUCAUUCAAUGUUGGCAGCCAUGUCCAUGAAUGGAAAGAUUGUGAGGGAAAUCUGUGAUGAACCCCUUCAUGUGCAGUAUGCUGUUGGCUCUCACUUCUUCAUUCCACGGCCAGGACUCGCCAAGCCUUGUGACUUGCAACGAGCAAGACUAGUAAGUGGCAAUAAUCGGCAGAUGGUUCAUAGAAGUCAUGCCGCCAUGCUGAGGGAAACUGCAUACAACUCACCUCGCAACGCGACUCUGCCGUCAUCAACUCUGAUCCCACCGGCAAACUUGGCCUACUUCAAUCCCAGAGCAAGAGAAUUCGUCUCUAGACACCCGAGCAUCGAGCUUGUUCCACGUCGCAUGCGACAGCAUGUCGGCGAUCUCCCAUCUUCUAGUCACCCAUCUCCAUGGACUUUCCGCCAGCCGUCUGUUGCAGGGCCCUCACACUACUCCAUAUCUCGUCGACCACGUCAAGUUCUUGGCGCCAAGGACAACUACGCCGUGUCCGAGAACAAUGAGAUAUCCCCGUCCCUUCUGGCCAGAAUUGAGAGGCUGCCACGUCAGUAUCUUCGCCCUUUCGCACAUCGAGCUCAAGUAGCCAAACCAGAGCCUCUCCCGCCGUUCACCUUUCCGAAUCGCAGAGCAUCCAAAGUGCUGGACACUGCACAGUCGCCGACGCCUCAAGAGGCCGAGGCUGUCGCCGAGGGCACGGCGACAGUAAUUCGUCGCCCUGACCAAGCACGGCCGAAUAUACUGCAAAUGCCCUGGAUGUCGACAGACUCAUCCAGCGACUCAGACGCCGGCUAUUCCGCCGAUACGGAAGAUGCCCACGCGACGACGGCUGGGCACCGUCGUCGCGCCGGAAAGGGUGGCGACCUGCACGGAGCCGUUCCAUAG